UAUUAAAUCACAUUAAAAAAAUUGAUCACUUCCGAAAAAUGCAUACUAAUGGUAUAAUUAUUAUUUACUUGAUUAGUCUGUGAUUCAUUUAUAUCAUUAACGAUAAUUGUCAUUUACUAAGGACUCUGUAAUGGACUAAAGCAGCCCUGACCAGUUCGUAACGAUACGUUGAAUAAUUAAAUAAAGUUACGGCCAUAUUCAGUAUAUUUCAGCAAGCAUUCGUGACCACUUCGCCAUUCAGUGCGCUUCACACUUGGCUAAGAAUAAGAAUCUAAAUAACAACAUGCAGCCUUCAGUCGCUGAAUUUUAUACAGGAAAAUCUAUUUUAGUAACAGGAGCCACUGGAUUUGUGGGCAAAGUACUAGUAGAAAAGCUUUUGAGAAGUUGUGAUGGAAUCAAUAAGAUAUAUCUAUUGUUGAGACAGAAGAAGGGAGUAAGCAGCGAGGAUAGAUUGAAAGAACUUUGCAAUAAUAAGUGUUUUGAAAAUUUAAGAGCGAAACAGCCUGAAGUGUUUAACAAGCUGAAACUUAUAGCGGGUGAUAUACUAGAAGACGAGCUUGGUCUGUCAAACGAUGACAGGCAGGAGUUGCAGAAGAAUUGUAAUAUUAUAUUUCACAGUGCUGCUUGCGUCAGAUUUGAUCAAAAAUUAAAGGAAGCAGUUAACUUGAACACUACAGGCACAUUGCGUGUUUUGGAAUUAGCCGAGACCAUGGAAAAUCUAGAGGCAUUCGUUCAUCUAUCGACUGCGUAUUGCCGCUGCGAGUUGCCUGUACUGGAGGAGAAGCUGUACCCUGCCAUGCACAGCCCUCGCCGUAUCUUGGACAUCGUGCAGUGGAUGGACGACGAUAUGCUCAAUUACUUAGAGCCCAAACUGAUUGCUUCGGAGCCAAAUACAUAUUCCUACACUAAAGCAAUUACGGAGAAUUUAGUGGCAGAAUACCAAACCAAAUUUCCAAUCGCUAUCGGCAGGCCAUCUAUUGUGACUUCUUCAUGGAAAGAACCAAUGCCCGGUUGGGUAGACAAUAAGAAUGGACCUACUGGACUUCUUAUUGGGAGUGGAAAGGGGGUUAUUCGUACAAUGCACUGUGAGGCUUCAUACCAUGCGGACGCCAUCCCCGUCGAUGUCGUCACCAAUGGAUGCAUAUUGAUUGCCUACGCUACUGCUAUUGACAGAUCUAAGGAAAUGCGUAUUUAUAACAUAACUCUAUCUGGCAUAAAGAAGAUUACUUGGGGUCAAAUUAUAGAAAUAGGUAAAAAAUGGGUUACAAUAUAUCCUUACACUUUGGCGCUGUGGUAUGUAGGCGGCAACAUCAAGUCUUACUGGCUGACCCAUCAGUUGUGUCUUAUCUUCACACAUCUGCUGCCAGCUUACUUCGUUGACGGACUGCUGUUUCUUCUGGGAAAGAAAACUUUCAUGGUAAACGUUCAAAAACGUAUCAGUCAUGGACUCAGCGUUCUCCAAUACUACACGACAAAGGAAUGGCACUUCAAGAACACCAACUUUCUAUCCUUACAAAAGAGGAUAAGUAAAGAAGAAGACGACACAUUUUUUACUGAUGUCAGCACUUUGGAUGAAGAGGAAUAUUUGAAAGAUUACGUCCUCGGAGCCAGACACUACGUUCUCAAAGAGGACCCUAACAAUUUGCCCCGUGCUAGAAAAUUGAACAACAUACGUUACGUGGUGGACAUCGUGGCUAAAGUUAUCCUCGUUGGACUCUUCAUUUGGUUCUUGUACUCUCGGAUUCCGGCGAUGACUUCCUUCGUUGCUUCAAUCGACAAUUCCUUAAGAAACUGGCUGAAUGGAGAGACAUCAUAUGCUUCAAUCGUAUAAAAAAA